AUGUGUAUUUAUAACUCUUACUAUGCCAAUAUUCAAAAAACGGACAAUGUGAGCGAUUGUGUGUUCGAUUUGGAAAAUGAAACCCUUUGGAAGAGUAUGAGCCAAAUGAAACUUUCACUUGUGAGGAAAUUGGACCCUGUGACAUUCAUUCCACCAAGAGUGAACAGUUCUCAGUUGGAGAGGGACACUGAAACUGCCUUGAAAAAGGCGAUCGGUGAUUUGAGAAAAGAUCUCGGUUUGAACACUUCAUGGGAUGAUAAUUUAGGAUAUGUUCUCUCCACUGCUCUUCAGGCCUAUGAGGUCUCCCACAUUAGCAACACAGCAAGUAAUACGUUAAUGGACGAUUUUAAUGAAAUCAUCAAGAACAUAAUUCCACCUAAACGUGAGGUCAUCAUGAGGGUCCAAACCCCUUAA